CGUACCGGAAGUGGCGACUGCUCCGCGCGGAUGGCGGCGGCGGCAACGGCGGCGAUGACGGCUUCGGGCUGCGCGGGGGCUGGGGCGGCCCGCUCCCUCUCCCGCUUCCGAGGCUGCCUGGCCGGCGCGCUGCUCGGGGACUGCGUGGGCUCCUUCUACGAGGCGCACGACACCGUCACCCUGACGUCAGUCUUGCGUCACGUCCAGAGCCUGGAGCGACCGGGCUCGCCGGGGAGCGCGCGGACAGAAGUGUUGUACUACACAGACGACACGGCCAUGGCCAGGGCCCUGGUGCAGUCCCUGCUGGCCAAGGAGGCCUUCGACGAGGUGGACAUGGCUCACAGAUUUGCUCAGGAGUACAAGAAAGAGCCCGACCGGGGUUACGGCGCUGGAGUGAUCACUGUAUUCAAGAAGCUCCUGAGCCCCAAGUGCCGUGACGUCUUUGAGCCUGCCCGGGCCCAGUUUCACGGAAAAGGCUCCUAUGGCAACGGGGGUGCCAUGCGGGUGGCCGGCAUAUCCCUGGCCUAUAGCAGUGUCCAGGAUGUGCAGAAGUUUGCCCGGCUCUCAGCCCAGCUGACACACGCCUCCUCCCUGGGUUACAACGGUGCCAUCCUGCAGGCCCUGGCUGUGCACCUGGCUUUGCAGGGGGAGUCGUCGAGUGAGCAUUUCCUCGAACAACUCCUGGGCCACAUGGAAGAGCUGGAGAGUGACGCCCAGUCUCUCUCAGAUGCCAGGGAGUUGGGCAUGGAGGAGCGUCCCUACUCCAGCCGACUGAAGAAGAUCGGCGCUCUUCUAGAGCAGGACUCUGUCACCAGAGAGGAGGUGGUGUCUGAGCUAGGCAAUGGCAUUGCUGCUUUUGAAUCUGUGCCCACUGCCAUCUACUGCUUCCUGCGCUGCAUGGAGCCUGACCCCGAGAUCCCCUCUGCCUUCAACAGCCUCCAAAGGACUCUUAUCUAUUCCAUCUCGCUCGGGGGGGACACAGACACCAUUGCUACCAUGGCUGGGGCCAUUGCUGGGGCCUACUAUGGGAUGGAACAGGUGCCAGAGAGCUGGCAGCAAAGUUGUGAGGGCUAUGAGGAGACAGAUGUCCUGGCCCAGAGCCUGCACCGUCUCUUCCAGAAGAGUCCAUGAGGGCCUCAGCUGCCAGGACUCCGCCGUGUCCAGCCGGCCCAGCUGCAGCUCAGACUGGAGAUGCUGUGGUUCCUUGGGCACGGUCCGUGCCUCCGUCAUCCUGCAGUGGGGUGGAGCACACGGCUGGGCCGGGGUCCUGGGGGAGGUGAUCAGACAGCGAGUGGAGGACUGGUACCUCCCUGGUGCUGGGUUCCGGGCUCACUGCCGAGCCUGGGGCCUUCCUGGCUCCCUGGGCAGAGGGGAGGGAUUAGGACAGGUUUUAUUUUGGAAGGGUACCCGUGGCAUUUUCCUGUCUUACCCAAGACGUGGGAUUCCGGGGGGUGGGGAGGGGGCAGAAAUGAUCGGCAGCGGCGCUGCUACUUCUUGUUGAGAUGUGGCCAGUCUGCCAGAAAGCACGGCUCUGGCUGGGUGGAGCCCUGGGCAAUAGUAUGUUCACGUGGGUUGGGGAAACCAGCCCUGGCAUCCAGCUGAUCUAGAUGCACACCUGGCCCUUGGCUGUCAUGGGGCGUGUCAACAGCUUCUGGUGGAAGUCACAGCAAUAAAACAGUUUUUGGUAAAUCCUG